AGAAUCGGGCCGAUCCUCGCGUGCUAUUUGAUGAAGACGAUGUUCAUGGGAGUUGGCCUGACUCCAAACAUCACCCGUAGAGUUCUUCGUCCCCAUUCGAUUCGUUUCCGUCCAUUCGUCUGUGAGCACUCCUCCUCCUCCUCCAUGGCCAACACAGUGAGAGUUGCCGCUGUCCAGAUGACCUCUGUCAACGAUCUCUCUGCAAAUUUUAACACCUGCGCUCGCCUCGUCAAGGAGGCAGCUGCUGCGGGCGCCAAAAUGAUUUUCUUCCCUGAAACCUUCUCUUACAUGGGUGCCAGAGACGGAGAUGCUCUGAAGAUCGCAGAGAGCUUAGAUGGCCCCAUCAUGCAAGGAUACUGUGCUCUUGCUAGAGAAUCCAACAUUUGGUUGUCACUCGGAGGCUUCCAAGAGAAAGCAUCCGACGAUUCACACCUGUUUAAUACGCAUGUCAUUGUUGAUGAUUCUGGCAACAUUACGAGCACUUAUCGAAAGAUACAUUUGUUUGAUGUGGAUGUUCCUGGUGGAAUGGUGUAUAAGGAGAGUAAAUUUACAGAAGCAGGGACGGAUAUUGUUGCAGCAGAGAGCCCCAUUGGACGUCUGGGUGUGACAGUAUGCUAUGAUUUGAGAUUUCCAGAGCUUUAUCAGCAGUUACGGUUUAAGCACGAAGCACAGGUUAUGUUAGUACCUUCGGCUUUUACAAAGAUAACUGGAGAGGCACACUGGGAGAUUCUUCUUCGUGCUCGUGCAAUUGAGACUCAAUGCUAUGUUAUUGCUGCUGCACAGACUGGAAGGCACAAUGAUAAAAGAGAAAGUUAUGGUGACACCUUAAUUAUAGAUCCAUGGGGGAAAAUUGUAGGUCGGCUACCAGAUAGAUUAUCAACGGGCAUUACUAUAGCUGAUAUAGAUUUAUCACUUAUUGAUUCGGUCAGAACUCGGAUGCCCAUAUCUGAGCAUCGGAAGCCCCUCGAUUUCUGGAAAGCAAUAUGA